CGUCGACCGGGUAACAGCCAACGUGAUGUCUGUAAAACAAACUACACAAACAGUUUCCUGACGACUACGGUAAGGUGACGGUCUAUCCAGGCGAUCGUCACAGUUACCUCGCGUAUAGGACUAAAAGAGUUAUUUAUAUUUUGUAUUAUUUCGAAAAGUGUGUGUCUUUCAAGUUAAUGACUUAACGAUAUUUACAUAACCGGAAUACAAUAUUGUGAUUAAAGUGUUGAUGUUGCAGUGACCUGGAUAUUUUUUGGAAUAGCUCAACUCAAUAUAAAGACGUAAAAAUGAAGAUGGUUCCAGGUCCCCUUCCGCCGAUACCUACCAGUACAACAAUGGACAGGCUGGGGUUACCAUUACCUUUCAAUACAGAUCUCUUAUGGAGAUAUCCAUUGGGAUUCCCGCACAUUUCUCAUCAAAACCCACCCUCUUCGCCCUUAUUGGAUUACAAAAGUCAGUUACCAGCUUCAUUACCUUCGGAUCCAAGGGUAUGGAAUAGAGACGAUGUCACCACUUUUCUUCAAUGGGCCGAAAGAGAGUUCGAUAUUCAACCAAUAGAUCACGAUAUGUUUCAAAUGAACGGAAAAGCCAUGUGUCUUCUUACAAGAACUGAUUUAUCCGAACGGGCACCAGGUUCCGGUGAUGUACUCCACAAUGUGUUGCAAAUUUUAGUUCGUGAAGCUAACAACCUUCAAAGAAUGCUGCCAAGUAGUCCAGUUACUCCUACUUCCAGACAUCCCUAUCCAUUAUCUCCCCAUUCACAUCCUCCUACUCCUAACUGGAAUAUCCUUUCCCAGAACAACGAAUCCUUACAUUCUUCCCACGCUGCCUCUUUAGCUGCACAUCUAAUGGCACAAAGCAAUUCAGUAACCUUAAGUCCAGCUCCAUCAGUUGACAGCCAAGCAAGUAGUCCGCAACAUGCUGAUAAUCAAGUGUUCGGUCACUCCAUCUUUAGUGUUAACGGAAGCAACGGUAGUGGUUCGAAUCCUUCUGAUUCAGAUGAAGACGCUGAUAAAAAAUGUUACAAUGGAAGCCCUCCAAAUACUCCUACUGCUUAUUCGUUUAUGUCUCAGAUGCCAUAUUUCCCGCCAAGGAGUCCGAAGGAGCCCGUUUCAAGUCCUGCUGCUUUCAAGAAUACCGGGAGGGAGUUUUUCCCCAAUGACCCUUCAGAACCAAACACAAAUGGAAGGCUUCUGUGGGAUUUCCUUCAGCAACUCUUAAAUGAUCCUGCUCAACGAUAUACCAGCUAUAUUGCGUGGAAAAACCGGGAAACCGGUGUAUUUAAAAUAGUUGAUCCAUCCGGACUAGCCAAAUUGUGGGGGAUUCAAAAGAAUCAUUUGUCCAUGAACUACGACAAGAUGUCGAGAGCUUUAAGAUAUUAUUAUAGAGUGAAUAUUCUCAGGAAAGUCCAAGGAGAGAGGCAUUGUUACCAAUUUCUCAGAAACCCAACGGAACUUAAAAACAUCAAAAACAUUUCGUUAUUGCGACAACAAAUGUCGCCGACAAACACCAAACCUCCUCCGAAUCAGAUGAAUCACGUUCCUGCCGCAAAACCUGACUCCUUAACAGUGACUCAUAUGACGGUGAAGUCAGAGCCCGCAGAAUUAAGUGAAGAAUUACCACAAAGCCGACCAGCCGUCGAGUACGAUGAUAAACCCACAGAUUUGAGUAUGGACGGACCUACAGACCUCAGUAGUAAUACUAGACAUAUCAAUAUAGUCUGUUCGCCAGAUCCUCCUCUCGUAGGGCCUCAUCACUAGCGAAUAGUUUAAAAAGAACAGUGCAUUAUGUAGCAAUUAACUGGUGCCAAUAAAGACUUUAACGAUUAUGUGCAAAUAGUGAUUUUAAGUUCUCUUAGAGGCGACUCGACAUAAGAACCGUCAACAUCAUUUACGUCUGUCAGAUUGUCAAAUGUCAUAAUAAAACGUCAAACUAGCUGCCAGUUUGACGUUCUUGUGUCACGUCGAGCUCUAAACUGUAAAUAGCUUUAGUUUUUAAGUUGGCAGAGCAGUGCAAUUUGUAUUGUUUACAGCGAUUUAUGUGCCAAAAGUUUAAUUUAUUAUCUUUGGACACGAAUUUUUAUUUUGUUAAUAGAUAAUUUUUUUUAUUGGAUGCUUAUGUUUUACGCUCAGAAAUAUUUCUACAAAUUUUUAUUUUGUUAGAAAAAAAAAACGUUGGUGGCCGAGUAAAAAAUAACUUCAAAACGAAAACUUGCCAAAUUAUCAGUUAUAUUAUAGUGCAAUAUCAACUAACAAUUGAAGUUCAAUUUGACAUUGUGACGUUUAAUCAGUCUGUCAUAUUUCAUAAUUUAUCGCAAUAUUGUUAUCUCAGUCACCAAGAAGGAAGGCAGCUUUAAUUUUUCCAUUUUAGGAAAUUAAAAGUGAUAUUGUUGACAAUAUUUUUGGAGAAUUAAAACAAAAAAAAUCUUGUACAAAUUAAGUCAUUUGACUGGAAUGUCAAGUAAACAAAAGAGUUUACAAUGAUUUUGGCUUUAAAGUGUGCAAAAACAAAUACCACAUUCCAAUAAUUGUGGCUUUUGCCUUAGUUUUUAACUUUUGUAAGUAAAAUAUAAAACAAUAAGUAGCUGAGUUUUCCAGCUCCACUUCUGUGAUCUCUAAAAGAAAAAUAAUUGACUCAAAAAUGUGUGAUCAUAAUAGGUAUAUAUUUAUGUACUGGCAUAUUAUAUUUACAUUUGAAAAUUAUACAUACAGGGUGGAAAAUAAUAUUAAAUAUAAAAACGACUAAUAGAAAUAUUUUCUAUACCUACAAAUACAGUACUCGUUAAAUUAUGUCAAAUUUCAGUUUAGUUCCAAUCGAAUUUUUUGUUUGUAUUCUUUCUUUGAAAUAAAUAACACACAUGGCAGUAUCUGCAGUACUCCCUUUUUGUUAUACUACCUUGUAUAUUUGUAUAUAUUUUAUAAUUACAAAUGAGGAUUAUAUAGUUUACUUUUGGUUUCUAAUUGUUAAUGAUUUUAAAAAAUAGAAUCAUACUCUGAAGAA